AUGAGUCGGAUCGGCGUCGAGGGAGGCGCAGCCGGUCGGCGGCCUAUCGGCGGCCGGUCGGCCGCCCUCACGUGCUGCGGCCGGCCGCGCGCGGCCGCCACUCGUCCGUCACGGGCCGUCGUCGUCGUCGCCGCCGCUGCCGCAGCGUCUCGCACUCAUUCGGUCGAGCUCGGAGGUCGGAUAGCAGAGCUUCCACCUCAAGUGGCAAGUCUUCUUCCACAAUGUGUGCACCUAUUCUGGAGAUUUAGUGUGCUAAUCACAUUCGCAUUGUUAUUCCAUAGUACAGCGUCGCAUCGAUCGACUGAGAGCGGCAUGAGUUGGCGAUUUAGUCGGACGACGUCAUAA